UCCACGGCCAGCCCGACCCCCGGUCCGUCCUCCGGAGCGGACCCUCCGCCCAGUCCUCAGCUUCGCUCAGCUCAGUCUCAGUCCAGUCCUCAGCUUCGCUCAGCUCAGUCUCAGUCCAGUCCUCAGCUUCGCUCAGCUCAGUCUCAGUCCAGUCCUCAGCUUCGCUCAGCUCAGUCUCAGUCCAGUCCUCAGCUUCGCUCAGCUCAGUCUCAGUCCAGUCCUCAGCUUCGCUCAGCUCAGUCUCAGUCCAGUCCUCAGCUUCGCUCAGCUCAGUCUCAGUCCAGUCCUCAGCUUCGCUCAGCUCAGUCUCAGUCCAGUCCUCAGCUUCGCUCAGCUCAGUCUCAGUCCAGUCCUCAGCUUCGCUCAGCUCAGUCUCAGUCCAGUCCUCAGUGGGUGUGA